ACACUUUCGAGGUAGCCAUCAACAGAUGGCGGGAUCGUCGGUCACGUGACAGGGGCUCUCCUCGGUCGCUUCUUUUCACCCGCACCCGAUGUUGUCAGUGUUAGACAAAGCGUUGUGUCAAUUUUCCACGAUCGGCCCCAAUGCAGCCGAUUGCGGGACCCUGCCCGUAAGCGCGUUGCCCAUGCCCCGCGCGGCCCAGCGCCCCCAGCAACCAUGGAAACCGUGGCGAGCACGGGGGCCGCCCAGGCGCCGACCAACGGCGGCGACGACGAGCAGCGACUGAGGGCCUACGGCCUGGUCGGCUUCAGGGACUUCUGCGCCAAGAAGAGCCCCGCGUCGCCCAGCCUGCGCGAGCUUGACAAGCCCCUGCUGGCCGCACUCGCCGCCGAGUUCCUAGAACAGACGCGCUCCAGGCAAGGCACGUUGUACGGCGCGCGCGCUCUGCGUCGCUUCCAGAUCGGCCUGAACAAUUACCUCCGCACCGUGUUCGGCGCCGACUUCGACCUGGCCCGCGACCCGGCGUUCAGCGACGUCAACGGCUUCCUGGCGACGGCUUACGGCAAGGCCGCCUUACCGCGGCCGCCGGCCGUGGUAAAACUGUGCCCGGUGGCGAGCAACGGUCAGUCCGCCGACGCCGUGAUCAUCGGCGCCGAGGACCUGACCAAGAUCGGCCAGUACUUCUGGAAAGUGAUCAACACGCCGAGGGGCCUCCAGCAAAAGGUCUGGUUCGACCUUAUGAUCCACCUGGGGUCUGAGGGAAUCGAGAACCAGCACUCGAUGCGCAAGGACUCCUUCGUCAUCCUCAAGUCGCAGAGUGACGGCAGGCGGCGGCUUCAAUGGAAGGUGGACGGGCAGUCGCGAGGUGCCCCGGUGUUCGACGACCCGGAGAACCCUCUGUGCCCCGUGAAGACGUUCCAGCUGUACCUGACCAAGCUGAACGUGUCGUGCCCGUCGCUGUUCCAGCGGCCCCACGAUGGCAUCACCAAGGCGAGCCGCUUCUGGUUCCACAUGUUCCCCUUGAACAACACCAUGCUGGCCCUCAUGAUGUACGACAUCUCCAAGGACGCUGGCCUCAGCCGCGUCUACCCAAACUUCUGCACCCAGGUGCUGCCGGAAAAGGGGCGCUUCUACCAACUGGCGCGGCGCGGCUACCUGUCCCUGGAGAACUUCUGCAGCCAGCCCGUGAAACCCCUCCUCCCGGAGGGGCCCAAGGAAGUGGGCGGGGCCAACGACGGAGGCGGGACUAAGGAAGGGGGCGGGGCCAAGGAGGGGCCUGACCGGCCCGUGCUGGAGCCCAUUGCCCCUUCCAAAGCGCUCAACCACGCGGACAAGGGGGAGGACCCAGGGGGCACCGGGGCGGAUGAGCCUGCUGCCACGCCCUCCGCCGGGGGGCCCGUGCCUUUCAAGCUGUGUGCCCAGUGCCUGACGCCGGUGAAGGCGGGCAACGCCCAGAAGCACAAGGGCAUUCUGUGCUCGGUGCCCUGUCUGGAGGCCUUCAUGAAGGCCAAGGAAAUGCGGCAGAACAUCCGGGUGUCCUUCAAGGACGGCACUCGGGUGCCUCAGUACACCCUGUCGAGCCACGUGGGCACGGUGGCGCCCGGCACAGUGGUGGGCACGGUGACGCAUGGCACCCAGGCCAAGAUCAUUGUGCGGCCGGCCCUGCCCGCCCUGGUCAAGCGGCAGCCUUCCAAGGAGGAGUUGCAGCUGCUGGGCAAGAACAUCCCGGACGACGUGUACAGCUUCAUCCAGCAGGUGGCCCGCAUCCAGGCGCUGGGGCACCCCGUCAGGGCUGACGGCGUGCCCACCGUGUUCAAGCAAGACGGCUCCAAUGUGGACGCCAAGGCAUGGUCCCUUCCAGCCGAGUUGCUGCAGCUAGCCAUGAACAUCGGGAAGCGGCCACUGGGAGGCACUCCAGCGGGAAAACAGACUGCUGUGGCCGCAAACUCCGUGCUUCAGCGCAACAUCAAGCGAGUGAAGAUAGAGCCCACGUUGAAGAUCAACCACGUGGGCAUGCAGCCAGUGGCGCUCCAGCACCGUCCCAUGGUGGUGCAGCGUUCUCAGCUGCUGGCAGGAGGGAAGAAAGUGGUGCUGGUGCAGAGGCCAUGCUCUGCCCUCAAGACUGCCCUCCAGAUCAAGACAGAACCCGGAGUGGAUGUGCCAGAAGCAAGCAAGGCAACCACCAUGAUGCACAAUGCCAUUGUGUGCAUCAAGAAAGAGGAAACGCCGUUGCGGGAGAAGCUCGAGAACCACGGCAGGCUGCCGCGGUGCAAAGUGGAAGUGGUGCAUUCUGCUCAGGACAGGAAGGGUCUUCAGGCCAGGCCUAGGCAGACCAUCGUGACGGUGCGGGCGCCAGUGAGGACAGUGCACACUAGGGUGGUGGGGAAGUCGGAAGUGGCGUUGACACCGGCACUUUUGGCCACUCCUCAGACAAAGUCAGAGGUAGGGCCUUCUGUGGAAGAAACCAAACAACGUCUGGAGACCAAGGCAGAGAGUGGGACUGGUUCUGAGACCUCAGUGCCAACAUUCAAUCAGCAGACGACGAUUCCGCAAAGAACAGUACAGUCUAAGCGUGUGAUCAAGGCUUCUGAGAAGCACAAAGUUGAGAGUGAAGCUAAAUCUCGAUGCAAAAUUUCACUUGUGCCCCAGAAUAAGGUAGAGCCCUCGAUGACAGCACCUGGGCAGCAUACCGUGUCAGAGUCAGCGCAGCCAAUGCAGCAGGAUUGCAAAAGGUUCUUGGGAGCACAGAUGGUUAUGCAGAAGCAGGAACCUAUGCAGGUGCAACAAGAUACUCCUUCAUUUCAGCAGCAGACAGCACAGCAGCAGCCAGUAGAACAGCAGGCAGUGCAGCAGCAAAAAGCAAUGCAGCAACAGGCUUCACAAAAGGGAGUGAAGCAGCAGGCAGUGCAACAACACACUGCACAUCAGCAUGUAAUGCACCAUCAUACAGCACAUCAGCAUGCAGCACACCAACACAUGGUGCAUCAGCAUGCGGUGCAUCACCACGAAGUGCACCAACAUGAAAUUCAUCAACAUGAAGCACAUCAGCAUGCAACUCAUCAACAUGAAGCACAUCAGCAUGCAGCUCAUCGACAUGAAGUGCAUCAGCAUGCAGCCCACCAACAUUCAGUACACCAACAUGCAGGGCUUCAUGCUCAGCAACAGUCAGCUCAGCAAAAGGCAGUUCAACAGCACGGAAUGCAGCACCAUGCAACACAGCAACCGGCAAUGGAGCACCAAACAGUGCAACAGGCUACACAGCAACAUGCUACACAUCAACUGGCUGCGCAGCAACAGGCAGCACAGCAACAGGCAGCACAGCAACAGGCAGUGCAGCAACAGGCUGCUCAGCAACAGGCUGCUCAGCAACAGGCUGCACAGCAACAGGCUGUACAGCAACAGGCUGCAAAACAACAGGCUACACAGCAACAGGCUACACAGCAACAGGCUGCAAAACAACAGGCUGCAAAACAACAGGCUGCACAGCAGCAGGCUAUGCAGCAACAACUUCCACAGCAGCAAGUGAUGCAGCCUGCUCAGCAUCAUCAGUCAGUAAGAGAGCAGCAUCAGCAACCAUUGGAGGUGCACAAGCCCAUGUCGUUCCAGCCCCAGGUACCACAGCAUCACCAGUUAGAGUUGGCCAAGCAUCCCCAGUUUCAACAGCCUUUGCCACCUCAUCUACAGCCGUUCUACCAGCUUCCAUUGAGCCAUACACUGCAGGCAAACAAGGAGGACAUGCUCAGGUGUUCCCAAGAGAGUUUUGUCAAGCAGCCUCAACAGCAGCAGGCUCUUCAGCACUCAUCUGUACACAGUAUCCACAAGCAUCAGCAAGCAGGGCACAAGUCGAUGUCUGUGGACGACCAGUGCAGCCCAUCUGAACCAGAUCCAGCUGUGAAUCGCCUUGGACCACAGCAAGAUGUGCAGCAAGGCCUCAAGCAGCCACUGCAUGACUUCAGCAACCCAUUACACAUGCACCACCCUGGUCUACAUCAGCCUCAGCUUGAGUUCCGCAAGGAACACUUCCAGUUCCACACCGGCCAAGAUUUCUCUCAGCCUGAGCACUUUGGUCAUCAUCAUCAUGCCAUCAGCAACCAUCAGUACCAGGAGCUUCAUCAUCAACAACCACAUCAGCAACAGAGCCCUUCCCUUCAGCAACCUCAGCAGCAGCUUCUGGACAGUCCGCAGCCAGAGCUACAUCAACUGCAGACACCGAAAAGCUUGAGUCUUCAACAAGACCUACAGCAGCAUUCAUACACAUCCUCGAUGCACUAUCCUCUCCAGCAGCCAGACCCCUUGGGCUUCCAGCCACUGAAGACAACGGCCUUCGCAGCUCAGCCUCCUCAACCUCAGCAAACAUUGUUCCAGCCGCACAUGCCCCACUUCACCCAGUCAUUGCAUCAGCAACACUACCAGCCAUACCCACUGUACCAGCCACAGCAGUAUCACCAGUACUCUCCAUUCCAGCAGCAGCAGUACCAGUAUCAGUACCAGCAUCACCUCCAGCACAGGCCCCUGCUGGCAGGGCCCGAUCUUGUGGGAAAGCUGGAGAUCCCCAAUGGGAUGUAGUGCCCUUGUCCGGUGCUGGGAAAGGGAUUGGCCGAUUCUGUAACAGCCACACAACUCCUAGAGAGAGGAUGACUUUCCAGUUGCAGCUGCUUGCCACUCAGUCCACCCUAGCCUCAAAGCCAUGGUCACCACUUGGGAGGAGAUAGAGGGCAAAAUAAGAGAAACCAUAGUUUAUUGUUUGAGAGCUGCCAAUUCGUGAAAAGCUUGUUGCAGUUUGUCUCCUAAUUUUGUUAAAACCAAAUGGGGUGUAUGAGGCAGAGGCAAUUUUUCUUGUCUCUUCACCUCUGUUCUGAUCUCAAGGGGAACAUUGUGGCACAAGCUUUUCCCUCUGAUCUACGGGCUUUUAUCUGGUCUCACCUUUUGCCCAUAGACAUGUUUUUAGCUUAUACAUGCCCUUUUUUUUUAUCUGGUACAUUACUUGUGAAUGCCUUUUGCCUGCCAGAAAGCAGCCGAUGAACUUUGUGCAAUGACAAAUAUCUAGGGAGAGGUCCCCAGGGACUAAAUGAAGUAAGAAACAUAUUGGUGGUGCUGCUAUGGGUAAUGGAGGGAAUACAGUCAUGUUUGAUUAAUAUGUAUGCUCCGUCCCCCGGAAAUGUUGUCCGUAAUGACAUAUCAAGGUCAAACUUUGACAGUAAAGAAGUGUAACCAGAAAAAAAAAUACUUUAUUUAGGCAAAAACAAAAUACUGAGCCUUUUGUCUGCUUUGUGCCUGCUUUCUUAUCCAAAAGUGUAAGAUAUCUGAAUAAUGCAGACGAUUGGGCUAGCUGGUUCAUUAUGAAAAGUACUAACAAUGCAAUGGCGCAGACAGAGUAAAAGAAGAUAGACAAACACUGCACUGGUGUUUGUCUUUACUUUUAUGCACAAAAGGUACACAUGACUUGUGAAUGUUCUUCAGCUCUGUCAUCUACAGCCGCAGCAUACAAGGAGAGAAGGGCAAGUGUCUCAUUUGGCCAAAGUGCCCCGAAAAAUUUGACCAUUGUCUGGUGCCCAACAGACAACAUUGAACCCCUGGGUGUACUCUGUGACCCCAAAGCAUUGCCAAGCUUUUCUUCCUUUUUUUAAUGAUAUUUGUGGUGUGUUUGAGAGUCCUUGUGUUUAAUAUAAUGACACUAAAACGCAUGUAUUUUCCCAGUUCGUUCCCAUACUAGCUGUCUGUAGUCUAGACUGGAUUUCUGUACUAGUGAAGCAGAAUUCUAUAGGGGCAGAUAGGUCCCCGAACAUUCUGUCUGGAGGGGAGCAUCCGUAUUGAUGAGACAUGACUGCGUCUGGUAUGAGGGUGUCUGAAAGAGAGGAACAUGUUUUGAUUGCCUAAUCUAGUUCUUAGGGAAACUUGCUUUUCCCCCUUCAAAGGUUGCAUUUGGAGUGAGUUAGAUCUGGCUAGAUGCUUUUCUGGCGGGCAACAACUAACUGUGUCAGCCCUCAUGAGUGGUCAUUUUGACCUCGGCUUUCCAAAGGCGGAAUUUGUGAGGUUAAAUCUCAAGCCCUGUACACUAGAACUUCUCAGUGGAUAAGGGAUACUUGCUUAGUAGAAGAGCGUGUUGGUUUAAGUCAUGAAUGAAGAAAGAAUAAACAAUUAAGUUGUGUUGUCCCUUUUUUA